GCCUACAUUUGUUGAUCAUCAUUUGGAGAUAGUUCUGUGUUUUUCCUCGUUGUUUAACAAAAUAAUCAGCAUUUCAACAAGUAUUUUUUUAUUUAUGUUUUUUCGGUGUUCAGUUUUGAAAUCAAAGAUGGAUAUGUUAAAUAAUCAACAAAUUGUACAUGCCGGUUGGUUAAUUAAAUCACCACCUGAAAAACGAAUCUGGAAAACGAAAUGGAGACGUCGUUGGUUUGUAUUGAAACCAUCCGGUCAAAUACCAGGACAAUAUGUACUUGAAUAUUAUACCGAUUCAACAUGUAAAAAAUUAAAAGGACAAAUUGAUUUAGAUCAAUGUGAACAAGUUGAUGCUGGUUUACAAUUAGAAAUACGUAAACAAAAUUAUGAUAAUAUGUUUGAUUUACGUACAUCAAGACGUACUUAUUAUUUGGUUGCUGGUUGUGAAGAUGAAAUGAAUAAAUGGGUUGAAUGUAUUUGUUCGGUUUGUGGUUUAAAAAUGGAAUCAAUACAAAAUGAUUUAACAUUAUUACCUACAAUCGAUAUGAAUAUUAAUGGUAGCCAAAAUAGUAGUACAAAUAAUAGCCCAAAUCAUAAUCAUCAUCAAAAUAAUUUAAAUAGUAAUGAAGAACUACGUUAUUCACCACAACCAAGUCAAAAUGAUCAACAACAACAACAGCAGCAGCAAUUAACAUCAUUGAUAUCAACGCAGCAACAACAACAAUCAACAAGUGAAUCAUCAUUAUCAACAUUAAAUUAUAUACCAAUUUCAGAAUGUUAUAGUGGAAAAUCAAUAUAUUCACAUAAUAAUAAUGAUCGUCAUAAUUUAAAUAGUUCAUCACCACCACCUAGGCCACCAAAACCACCAACAUUACAACAACAAAAUAUUAAUCAAUUAUUUCCAUCGGUUUCAAAAUCACAAAGUUCAUUGGCAUUAUGGCCACAAGAUCAACAACAACAACCUUCAAUACCUAAAACGACAGCAGCAGCAGCAGCAGCAAUCGGUAAAGUUCAAUUAUCUUCAUCAUCAUUACAUCAAAUGACGACAAAUGGAUCUGGAUUAUUACAACAACAGCAACCUCCACCAUUACCAAAAUCAUUGACAACAACAGCGUUGCUUAACAACAGGUCGUUCUACCUCAAUUCAUCGAAUAAACAACAACAACAAAAACAAUCUGAUAAUAAUCAAUUUUAUAAUGUAUAUGAUACAUGGCAUUCACGAUCAACAAAAAGACAGGAUUUUUUACUUGCUUCUUUAACACCACCGCCGCCACCCCCACAAUCAUCAUCAUCAUCAUCACAGAAUCAAUUAAUACCACCACAAGUUAAUCGUGAUCUUAAACCAAAUCGUCGUAAUCAACAACGAAGUCAUCCGGGAAUAUUAUCCGAACAUCAUCAAAAUCAAAAACAGACAAAAAGUGACAGUAAUGUUGUAAUGGAAAUGAUAUUAGCCGAUACAAUCAAUAAUAAUAAACAACAGCCAUUCAAACGAAUUAAUCAAAAUAAUUCACAACCAAUAAUGGCAAGCCGUCAUACAUUACCAAGGCCAUUGAUUACAAGCUAUACGUUAAGAAAUCAAAAUAAAAAUAAUGAUAAUUAUUGUCAUUUGGCUCAUUGUGAACAGCCAAAAACAACAACAAUCGAAGAUUGUGAACGACAAUAUUUAGAUUUAGAUUUGGAUGUAGAAUCAAGCAACAACAGUACUACUAACAAUAAUUCAAAUAGCCCUAAAACAGCAAAUGAUAAUGGUGGUUUAGUAUCAUCAUCAUCAUCAUCAUCGACAACAAUAACGGAUCAUGGACAUUUAUCAUCAAAUCAUUCCAAUCAUCAUCAUCAUCAACAACAACAAUGCAACAUUCCUGAUAAUCAAUCAUCGGAUUUAUUAUUGAAUAACAACAAUAAUAUUUGUGACCAAAUUAGUCUUAAUAUAGGUCAUAAUUCAACAAUGACAAUGGAUUUUGCUGAUAAUCCUGGUACAGUGUAUAAAGAAGUUGAUUUUCUUAAAACAAAAGCUUUAAAUGAAAUGCGAUUAAAUAUGAAUAUUUAUCGUAAAGCCAACUAACUAAACAACUAAAAGAAUCGAUUGAACAUCGUAAUUGUGCCAAACAAACAAACAAAGAAUUCAAAGAUGAUUCUGUGAUUUUUUUUUCUAUUAUUAUUUCGCUUUAAAAUUUCAAAACAAAAAAAUUGAAAAGAAUCUUUAUGUGUGUGAUCCAAUCAAUCAAUCAAUGAUCUUAUCCUUUAAACUAAUU